UUAACCCAACAGACAAUCAAAGCAAUUGGAAAGAAGAUCAUGGCCUCCUCCAGAGGUUCUCUGGGAUCAAACAUCAUAAUCUUCUUCUUGUUACUUUUUGCAACCACUGGUUCUCAAAUUUUCUGCGAAGCGACCAUAGGAGUUGGUGGAGUUCCAGCAGUUUACAUGUACGGUGACUCGGUUCUCGACACCGGGAACAAUGACUACAUCGUAACUUUGUUCAAGUCCAACUUCCCUCCCUACGGAAAGAAUUUCCCGGGAAGAAAGCCCACCGGCCGAUUCUCAGAUGGGAAACUCAUUUCAGACUUCAUAGUUCAAAGUUUAGGGAUCAAAGAAACUUUACCGGCUUAUCUUGAUCCGGAUCUUGAUGCGGAAGAUCUAAUAACGGGAGUUAAUUUUGCUUUUGGUGGCUGUGGAUACGAUCCAUUAUCAGCAAAGACAUUCGCAGUUCCUUCGAUCGAAGCUCAACUCAACUUCUUCAAACAAUACAAAGAAAAGCUGAAAACCCUAGUCGGAGAGCAGAAAUCAAACGACAUCGUAGAGCGCAGCCUCCACGUAAUAUCAGCCGGAAACGACGACGUCGGGUUGACCUAUUUCCUCACCGGAAAACAACUCGACCUACCUUCGUACGCCGCCUUUCUCGUAACCCAGGCCACCGCAAACCUCAGACAACUAUACAAACUGGGAGCGCGUAAGAUCGCCGUCUUUAGCACGACGGUGACCGGAUGCGUCCCUUUUUCGAGAACUUUUUUCGGCGGGAAACGAAGGCAAUGUUCCGACGUCUCCAACGAGCUAGCGAUGAUGUUCAACGACAAGCUUAGCGAGGCAGUUGAAGCCUUGAACGACGACGUUCGUCUUCCUAACUUGAACAUCGUGUUUGUGGACGUGUACAGGCCCCUGUUAAAAAUCAUUAGGCGUCCUGAAAAUUAUGGGUUUGAUAUAGCGACGGAAGGAUGCUGCGGGACAGGUGCUUUCGAGUUUGCAAUUCUUUGCAAUCCAUUGACCCCUUUUACGUGUGCCAAUACUUCAAAGUACUUGUAUUUUGAUGGUGCUCAUCCCACGGAGAAGGCGUAUAAGAUCGUAUUUUCGGAAAUAUGGAAUUCCAUAAUCGAGCUUUUAUGAAAUCGAAUGUAUUACAUGUUAUCAGUGAAUUGACUGUGAUGAUUUUUAUGGUGGAAACGUACGUAAAUUUCUAAUUUGAAUAUAUGAAGAUAUCGGAAAACGUUUCGUGGAAUCGGACAGUAAAAUAUGUUUAUCGUACGUAUUUUGAUAUUAUGUU